UACAUCAACUCCAAUACCACCUUCUACUCCUGCUAAUGAAGGAACAAUAUUACCAUCAACUCCGCAACUCAAUACCAGUAUAAUAACGAAUGGAAAUAAUAGUCAUCCUCGCUCAGUACAAAUAAGUUCAGAUCAACCGAGUCCUGUUCAAUCAAGUCCCAACCAAGCGAGUCCCCAAGUGAGUCCCCAAGUGAGUCCUCAAGUAAUUAACUACGCUCAAUCUAGCCCGAUAUCAACGCAAACUCCUCUAAGUCCAGCUAAUCAUAUACCGCAAUCGCAAACUCCAACGAUAACAACAAUAACUAAUAAUGUAUCAGCUCCCACUACGCAACCUCAAACCACGUCUAAACAACCUUGGGAACAUGUAGAAGAUAUAAUGUCCAUUUUAAAAACUGCAUUUCCAUUGCUUGCGCUUACAAUGGAAACCAUGGUAGACCAAAUCCAACAACGUCUUAAACCAUCUUCGGAUGAAGAUAUUUACAGACUGAUUGUCGCACUUUUAAAUGACGGAGUUCAG